CUCCCGCGCGCGGGGCGGUGGCGGCCGCCAUCUUGGCUGAGGGCAGACGCGGCCUCGCGCCGGCCCAGCCGGGCAGGGAGCGUGGGGGCGCCAUCUUGGCUGAGGGCACGGGGAACAGCCCGGAAUCCGUGCGGCCAUGGGGAGGAUCGGGCUGCAGCUCCGCGCCACGCUGGAGAACAUCACCCGGCUGCGGGCCGAGGGCGAGGACUUCCGAUGGUACCUCAAGCUGAAAUGUGGGAACUGCGGUGAAGUCUCCGAAAAGUGGCAGUACCUGCGGCUGAUGGACAGUGCUCCCCUGAAAGGCGGCCGAGGGAGCGCCACGAUGGUGCAGAAGUGCAAGCUGUGCUCCAGGGAGAACUCCAUCGAUAUUUUAAGUCAGACAAUCAAGCCCUACAAUGCUGAAGACAGCGAGAAAUUCAAAACAAUUGUGGAGUUUGAAUGCCGAGGUCUGGAACCAGUUGACUUUCAACCACAGGCAGGGUUUGCUGCUGAAGGCGCAGAAUCUGGCACACCUUUCAAUGACAUCAACUUGUUAGAAAAGGACUGGAAUGACUAUGAUGAAAAAACAAAGGAGUCUGUUGGAAUCUAUGAAGUUACCCAUAAAUUUGUAAAAUGCUGAAGUUCAUACUCCUAACAAAUUAUGACAUGGUUAUUGAUGGAGGAGCUGUAAUCAUCACAUACACAGCUUCCUUGGAGUUACUUUUUUACAUGGCCACACUUCAGAAAUGGAAACCUAAGUUCACAGAAUCAUUUAGGUUGGAAAUGAUCUCCAAGAUUGAGUUCAACCUUUGACCAACAUCACUGAGUUGUACUUUCUGUCCCCAGCAUGCCCUAAUAAAAUAUUUCCCAUGGAGCACUUGGAGAUGGCCUCAGUACAAACUGAAAAUAGUA